AUGCCCACUCUACCAUCCAAUGACGAGCUCCGCAGUCAUAUCGAUGGCAUCUACUUGGGCGACCCAGAUGUGAUUUCUCAGCUCAAAUGGUCAUAUUCCAAAGGUGGCCGAUGCCAUGUGCUCACUCACAAAUCGACGCCAGCUGCACACAACCCUCCCCCCACUUUGUUGCACGGUUGUUUCAAAGUUGUCCGAAGCCCUUUUUACUUCUCUCCUGAUGGUGGAUUCAAAGCUAAAGCUGCGAGUGUGAACUUUGGUGGAAGAACUACAGAGGAAGAAGCCAUGGGCAAGGCCAAUUCCUGGGCUCGACUGGAACGUGUUGGAGAUGAAGAUAUCCUUGGAUAUGAAGAUUUCCCAGUGUACGUUAAGAAUCUGAAGGCACUGGAAGGGCAGGUACGCGAAGGACAAACUUCGGUUUACUCCAUUGUCACGGACGAGGGUACCCUUGGCACUGAAAUAAAAAUCAUCCACCGGAUGUUUGAGGUAAUUCUUCAACUUGUUCACUUGAGCAUCAUAGUCGGCUUUGGCCAGCACUUCGCAUACGCCAACACCCUCCACUCUCGAUGGGGGAAAGGCGCGUCGACUCCUGGUUCCGAACCAUCAGGGAGUAAGCAACCAGUUGUGGCUGAAGAUAGUGCCGACAUAGUGAAGUCCGGUGCUCCACAACUGGGCCAGAAAAGAAAAAGAGCGUGUACACCCCCAGCUCAGACAAUUGGAUCUACGACAGCUGGGCCACGCAUUCUUGUUCCUCGCACUCCUGAGUCAACAGUGAAAACUACCGGUGGGAUUGAUCAGGAGAGUGACGACGUUGAUGUCGGCAAGGAUGACCCUGACGAUGCAUUCCUCGGGGAUGAAUUUGGCCUGCAACACUGGCCAGUGUCCAAGUCGAAUAUAGGCAUUCGUGAUCGCAUGGUAGCAAGUGGACACUGGUAUACGAAUCCCCUCAAAGCCUAUCGUGAGGGUAUUGAGGGUGUGAUCCCCCCCUCUGAAUACGAGUCUGUGCUACGGGGGGCAACUGUGCAACUCUCCUUCACUCUAACAUGCCACCUGAUUGGAGGACAUGCCACAUUUUCGGUGCAAGUUGGUGAAAUUAUUGUAUUGAAGGAAGCUGAGAUCAUCACUGCUGGCCGUGCAGAGAACAGGUCACCUUCAAAGCGUGCAUUCUCAGGACCAUCAUUCUCCCUGGCAAAGUGCCAGUGCUGCCACUAG